AUGAUGGCAAUUUCACAUACGAUUUUGACAGUGGACAGUUGGGGAAUAGUCUUUGGUAGUGACGUUGGUUUGGUGAUGAAGAUUUUUGUUGGUAAUAACUCUGGUUUGGUGGUUAAAGAAAGGGAGGAUUUUGAUGAUGGGGAGGCUGCUUUGGUUGUAGCACUAAUUUCUGGCGGAGCUGUGGAGGUUGUUGGUGACGGGUUUGCAACAACAAGAGGAGCUGUGAUUGGGGGGUUAUGGAUGGUGGUGACGGGGUUAGUUGGAGCUGCAGCCGUGAUGUUGGUGAUUGUGGGCGUCGGAUGCGGUGUUGUCGGUGCAACAGUGAUGGAAGGUGUUGGUGUAACCGAAAGAGGCAGAGGUGAUAGGGCGUCUACUCGGUGGAUUGCAGGAGUUGAGUGGCUGAAUAUUAUGGGUGCCCUUGAAAAUUGUGCAAAGGCUUUUGGGUAUAGAUCUUCUACUAAUGAAUACACCUUUAUGGCACUCUGUUUCCCUCCAACUCAUGGAUAUUACAAUGGAUGUACCUUUUCAUUUGAACCUUGUUCACGGAUAGAUCAAGUGCAUUGGAAAGCAGUGGACAAGGUGUGUCCCUUUCGAGUUGAUGACAAAAUUUGGAUGGACAGAUAUGUUUAUUGGCCGAUUGACAAGCCCCGCAGUGGUAUUGGACCAGAAUCUACGGAGUUGCUGGUUUCAUUUGACACGGAGACGGAGAAUUUUCAGGUAAUUCAUGCACCUCCAACUCCUAUGUUCGUUACUGUUACUUGUUUCCCUAGAGUGAAGAUCUUGGAUGAUCGAGGGACUAUGUGCGUAACAGAGGAGAAUUACAUUUAUAUGAGAGAUAUGAAGUUUGAAAUGUGGGCCUCAGAAUCAAGUGAAGACAAUUCAGAGAGUUGGAAAUAG